AUGGGUUCUCUUGAUUGGGACAAGAUUGUCAAUGACGCCUCCGUCUUAAGAAUUCAGUGGAAAUUUAACCCCCCAACAGCUGCUUGGUGGGGCGGAUUUUUUGAGAGCAUGAUUAAGAUGGUGAAGAAGCUUUUAAGAAGAGUUUUAGGAAAGGCAUCGCUUCAUUACGAAGAAAUGUUCACUAUUCUUUGUGACGUAGAAGCCAACAUCAAUUCUAGACCUCUGAAUUAUCUAUCGGAAGAUCCGAAUGAUUUAAUUCCACUGACUCCCUCAAUGUUCAUUCAAGAGACUAUAAAGGUAGGAGUUCCCGAUUUGGAUACUUUGGAUAAAAACAUAAGAACUGUUUAUCAUGAAAAAGAUAUUCAAUAUAUUAAAGGACAAGAAAUGACAAGCUCUCAAAAAAUAAACAGCUCAAUGGAUAACAAGCAGUCAGGAAAUGGGCGCGAAAACGCCUGA